UGAAACCCCAUCAACUUAGAUGAAUGAUCUGCAAAAGGAAUUCCACUUUUUGUUGUGUAUAUAUAUAUAUAUAUAUAGAGAGAGAGAGAGAGAGAGACUCUAGACAGAUUUUUUAACCUUGAUGCCAAUUAUCCACUGCAGAUACAUCGAGUCUUUUCCUUUUUCAGCUGAAGCACUUGAUUCCAGUUUCUGCCUUCCCAUAGGGAAAGCUAAGAUAGAGCUAGAAGGAAAAGAUGUAACCAGUACUGCUUUCUCAAAGAUGGUUGGUUAUGCCCUCAAGGAAUUGCCACUCAUUGAAAAUGCUGCAUAAGUUUUGGAUUUCCUAUCUUCAUUUUUUCUUUUUUAAGCUCUUGUGAAACCAACUUGAGUUGGUGGUAUUUAGGCAGCUGAUAUUGUUGCCAAGGAAGGAAGCAGUGGCUGAGGUUAUAAAUCUGCACUCGAUCUGCCCCCUUGAUUGAGCUACAAUUAAUGCUUCUGUUAGGAAGACUAGCAGACUGGUAACAGUUGAAGAAGGGUUUCCUCAACAUGGCGUUGGUGCUGAGAUAUGCACAUCUGUUGUUGAGGAGAGUUUUGACUAUCUAGAUGCACCAGUUGAGAGGAUUGCAGGUGCAGAUGUUCCCAUGCCACAUGCUGCAAAUCUUGAGAGGAUGGCAGUUCCACAGGUUGAUGAUAUUGCUUGUGCAGCAAAAAGGACUUCUUCUGGAUCUAGUUAACCUGCUUUGACUGCCUUGCAAAAGUGUUAGACUGUUUGGUACCAGGAGUUGUGAGCGUUAGCUUAUCUUCUUGCGUUUCAAGGUUCUUUUGCUGAAACGUUCAACUGGCUGCUGGGAAAAAGGCGUCAUUACUCAGUAUUCAACAUUUUGCUGGGCUCUUUUGGUGAUUCUAAACAAGGUUGUGCCAUAUCUCCAUGGCAAAAUUUUCUGAUGAGGAUAAUAAAAAUCAGGUCAGCGG